AUGGCGCUCGCUCCAUCGAUCGGCGACCUCGUCACUCUCGGCACUGUCAUCUCAUCCAUCGUCAAAGCCGUGAACGAGACAUCUGGCGCUUCCGCCGAGUACAAGGAGCUCGUCGAUGAGCUCAACUCGUUCUGCAACAUGCUCACCAUUAUGAGACGCACCCUUGAGAAUGCCACGAUCUCGCCCGACAACGAGCUUGCCUUCAACUCGAUCCACAUGGAGAUGAAUCGAUGUCGUGCUCUCGUCGAUGCGUUUGUAGACACGAUCAAGCCUUAUCACCGAGCUCUGAACGCAGCGGGAGGCACGAGUCGACGGCGGCACUCCUUGCGCGUGAUCUUUCGCAAGGUGUGGUGGGCGCUUUUCCGGGAGGACGUUUCGAAGGUGCAGACGAGGAUGAUGUCGCAUCGUCUUCAGAUUGUCUUCUUGCUAACUAGCCUGUCUGUGCCUGUGACUCAGGCUGCAGUUUCCAACCAAGUUACGACUCAGGUCGGUUACAGUCGCGAGACCGGCCUCGAAAUUAUUGACUUCAUGGGCGAGAGCUUCGUCUUUCCAUGGGAGCUCUGUCACUCGUGGGAGAAAAUGAGUCUAGCCAUUCAGGCGUACUAUAAACAUAAGCCUGGCCAACAGGAAGUUGAAUGGGGGGAUUACACUUUGUUUUGCGAGGAUCUGGGUGGUAUACAGGUUGAUCGUCACUACCCGUUCAGACAUGUCCGGAAAGGGAUGAGGCUAAGGAUGGCCGCACUCACUUGGCGAGCAACCGACAACGGUCGAUUGUCCCAAUACGAAUGUACGCGAUGCCAUCGUAGGCUCCCGGUCCAUGAUAUUGUUGAAUCAGGCUGGGUUGAAUGGAAAGUUUUUAUUCGAUUCAGGAAUCCAUCACUUACGCUAUUCUAUCCAGCUUCGGUUGCGAUCGGAGGACGCAGGUCACCAUGCUUGGAACUAAAGGGUACCCCAGGAAGCGCACUUAUGGGUACAAGUUCCUUUGGUACGGGUUUCCUCGGAGUUAUGUCAACAGUAGCCCUGCUUUCAAGAAUGUCCAUGUUGUGGUAG